CGCGAAAAGGUGAGAAAACAUGGCGGCAAAAGUUGUGCAAGACGAGAAAUCUACGAAGAAAGUUGUUGUUGUAGGAGGUGGAUUGGCAGGUGCCUUGAUUGCAGUGUACCUUGCAAAACGUGGGUUUAAAGUAGAUGUGUUUGAAGCUCGCAAAGAUCCUCGCAAGGAGGUGGCCCAAAGAGGUAGAAGUGUCAAUCUUGCACUUUCUGUCAGAGGAAUUGAAUCAUUACGAGCUGUGGGAGCAGAAGGCCUGGUGAUGGCACUUGGCAUCCCGAUGCAUGCCCGUAUGAUUCAUUCUCAUAGUGGAAACACAACACCCAUUCCUUAUGGAAAGAAAGGACAGCAUCUAUUAUCAGUUGAAAGGCAGAAGCUGAACAAUGAUCUCCUCACAGUUGCAGAAACUUACCCAGACGUUCGCAUACACUUUGAGCACAAACUUAUUGCUGCUGAUAUUGAGGGAGGCCAUCUUACCUUCAAGUGCAAAGGAAAUGAUGAUGAAAAGUUAGAAGUUGAUGCUGACAUUAUUUUGGGCUGUGAUGGAGCAUACUCUGCAUUAAGAAGAGAGCUCAUGAGAAGACCAAGGUUUGAUUUCAGUCAAGAAUACAUUCCUCAUGGUUAUAAAGAGCUUUGCCUUGCCCCAACCAAGGAUGGAGAGUUUGCCAUGGCAGUGAAUUAUUUACACAUCUGGCCAAGACAGACAUUCAUGAUGAUAGCUUUACCAAAUCAGGAUAAAUCCUUCACCUGCACAUUGUUCUUACCAUUUGACCAAUUUGACAAGUUGAAAACAAAGGAUGAUGUCCUGACCUUUUUUAAUGCAGAGUUCCCAGAUUUCCUGAACCUCAUGGGAGAGUAA